AUGGCUGAAGGCAAUCAGUCCAGAGUGACUGAAUUUAUCCUCACUGGAUUAACAGAUAAACCAGAGCUGCAGCUGCCCCUGUUCCUCCUCUUUCUUGGAAUUUACCUGCUCACAGUGCUAGGAAACCUGGGCAUGAUCAUCCUGAUCCUGCUCAGCUCCCACCUGCAAACACCCAUGUACUUCUUCCUCAGCGGUCUGUCCUUCAUUGACCUCUGUUACUCUACUGUCAUUAUCCCCAAAAUGCUGGUGAACUUUGUGACAGAGAAGAAUAUCAUCUCCUAUCCUGGAUGCAUGACUCAGCUCUACUGCUUCAUAGCAUUUGUUAUAUCUGAGUGUUACAUGUUGUCUGCAAUGGCAUUUGACCGCUAUGUUGCCAUCUGUAACCCCUUGAGGUAUAAUGUCACUAUGUCUUACCAAGUCUGUUUCUGGAUGAUAGGUGGCGUGUAUAGCAUAGGCUUCAUUGAAGCCACAAUUCAUACUGUUUGCAUGCUACAAGUGCUUUUCUGCAAGGCUAAUGUAGUAAAUCACUUCUUCUGUGAUCUUCUUCCGUUGUUUCAACUUGCCUGCUCCAGUACAUUUGUCAAUGAGACAGUACUUCUGUGCCUCAGUACUCUUAAUUUCUGUGUUCCAACUCUGACAAUCUUGAGCUCUUACAGUUUUAUCAUUGCCAGAAUCAUCCGCAUCAAAUCCACUGAGAGCAGAUUCAAAGCCUUUAGCACAUGCAGUUCCCACUUCUCUUCUGUGGCUGUCUUCUUUGGUUCCCUGGGAUUCAUGUACUUUCAGCCAUCAUCAGUUAGCUCAAAAGAUCAAGGCAAAGUGUCUUCUGUGUUUUACACUACUGUUGUGCCCAUGCUCAAUCCCUUGAUUUACAGCCUGAGGAAUAAAGAUGUCAAACUUGCUCUAAAUAAGUUGUUUCAAAAGAAGACAUUUCAUAUGUAA